AUGGCGGCCCAGCGGGAUCCCGUUCCCGAUGGGGUCUUCAUCAGCGAUCUCCACGCGCCCUCAAUCCACGUCAAGCCAGACUCGCCUCAAAGGCCAUCCGACCCGAUGCCCGGGGGCCCCAGUCUGAUUGCUCGAUGCGCCAAGAUGUUUGUCACCACCGAUGGUGAACUUUACAAACGCAGCCCGUCGGUGGUAGGAAUGCUCAUGAAAUGCAUCCUCACCCAACAAGGCAAGGAUCUCCUCCUGGAGAUCCAUGCUGGCAUCUGUGGGCACCAUGCAGCCCCGUGGUCACUGGUCAGCGACGCCUUUCGCCAAGGUUUUUACUGGCCAACAACACUGCGCGACGCGGAGGAGGUCGUCCGCACAUGUAAAGAGUGUCAGUUCUACGCUCGGCAGAUCCACUUGCCAGCGCAGGCGCUUCAGACCAACCCCCUCACCUGGCUGUUCGCGGUCUGGGGCUUGACAAACUUCACAGACAACAAGUUCUUGGAGUUUGCUGAUGGAUACGGGAUCAGGAUUGAUUGGGCGUCGGUCGGGCACCCACACACCAAUGGGCAGGUUGAAAGGGCGAACGGAAUGGUCCUCUAG